AUGCGAUUCGUCAUUUCGAAGAAUACUGCGACCCCGACCAGCACCUCUUCGAAGCAAUCCUUGAUUGAAGAACGUGAAGCUCUUGCAACCGUUAAUUCUUCUCAGUCUAACCCCAGUCGUGUCGUCAUACGAAGGAGCAUGUCCUCGCUUUCUGAAAGACAAGCGAGUGAACUACUUCUUGACAACAGCGAUCGCCUAUCAGAGAUGAUCAUGGGAAAGGGCAAUAUCACUACAGUUUACAACUGUGACUAUGACAACGACUGCGAUAUUGACUACGACAGUGACUGCGAAUGUGACCUUGAAGUAUGA